AGGCUUUUCAAAUGCUGCAGCUUAAUGAUCUAUCAUUCCAGGAUACUGAAAUAUGAGGGAAAACCUUUAUUAAAUAUGUGAAAUCAAGCAGUAUAAACUCAUUCCAGUGCGGAUCAGUGCAGGUGGAAUACAGAAGCAAAAGUCCUGUCUCUGUGGGAACCAGCUGAUAGCAAGUAGACUUUGCCCUGAAGGAAACCGAAGCUACAGGAAGAGCAGCCGAGCGCGGUCUCAGUCGUCACAGCAGAGUUUUGUGUCUGAUAAAAUUUGCUGACCUUUGGGCAAAUGGACCAGACUUAUGACAACAGAAACGGUGGAUAUCCUCAGCCCCCUCCGUACAGCCCCAGGGACCAUGGACAGAGUUCGUAUACUGGGAUGAGCUAUGACGUGGAGAAGGGCAGCGUUGCAGUGGUCUCCCCUCCUGGCACCUAUGAUAACAUGGUCCAUCCUGUGGGCCCGGGAGCAGGUGGAGACAACCAGCAGUGUGAUCAGUCUCCACCCGUGUACUCUCCCGGCUUAGAGGAUAGUGCCUUCAGUGACGCUGCCAUACGGAGAGGUUUUAUAAGGAAAGUCUACUUGACCUUGAUGAUUCAGCUGCUAGUGACUGUUGGGAUCAUCUGCGCUUUUCUUUACUGGGACACACUCAGGAAAUGGGCAUGGAACAACUACUGGUUCACCUACACCAUGAUGGCGGUGGUACUAGUCCUCAUUGUGGCCUUGUCAUGCUGUGACAGUCUCCGUCGUCGAGUCCCCCUCAAUUUUAUUGCCCUGGGUCUGUUUACUGUUGCAGAGGGCCUGAUGCUUGCAUCUGUGGCGGCGUCUUUUGAUGCUGAAGCAGUCAUGUGGGCUGUUGGGGCAACAGCACUUGUGUCCCUCUCCCUGAGCCUGUUCGCCAUGCAGUCAAAGUGGGACUUCACCACAGCAAGUGGGUGCCUGUGGGUGUUUACCUGGACCCUCUUUUCAUUCGCCCUCCUCUGUGCAAUCCUCCGAUCACAGUAUGUUUACAUCGUAUAUGCCUGCCUGGGAACCCUGCUGUUUUCUUUAUACUUGGUGUUUGACACUCAGAUGAUCCUGGGUGGAAAACACAGAAAGUAUCAAGUCUCUCCCGAGGAGUACAUCUUUGCUGCGCUCAACCUCUAUUUGGACAUCGUCACCCUGUUCCUCUUCUUGCUGCAGCUCAUCGGCCUCUGCCGCUGACACUUAAACUCCAUGGCAGGAUUUCCCCUAAAGAUACUCUUCUUGCACACAUGCAAUCAAUUCUUUGAGUUUGGUAAACACAGACAGCCAGUCUCCCAGACAUGGCUUAAGCCCAGCUUAGAAUAAAAGCAAAAACACUGAAGAUCUCCACAGAAAAACUUUUUUUGGUCCAAGUCUAGGCUUAAGCCAUAUCUGGGAAACUGAGCCCAUGAUUCAUAUUGAAUAAGGCUCCAGACAUCUGUCAGUAUAUUCAAGUUUGCCUAUGAUUGUCAUGUGUUAUGCACUGCAAUCUGCUUUA